AUGCAGCCUAAUAACGAGGUGCUGGUUGAAUCAGCUGGCCAAACGUAUAAACUACAAACGCUCUCGGACUUCCGCGACUUCAAGAGGUUUGCGCUUUCAGAAGACUCAUGGACCACGCACUACUCCGAUUCGACCACCAAAGUGCAGUCAAGACCCUCGGAGGAUGCCUCUGUUGGACUUCACAUUGUUCGUGUUCGACGCGAGAUGCGGAAUAUUCCGGGUGUCGACUUGUACGAUAAUUUGCACGACGCCGCCUACCGUGAGGUGUGGGACGAUAACAUGAUUGAAGGGCGCAACAUUAUUAGGCUGAAUGUGAAUAACGAUAUUGGAUACUACUCCGCCAAGUUUCCAUGGCCACUGAAAAAUCGUGACUUCUGCAAUAUGCGCUCGUGGAUGGAGUUCACCAACGGCGAGUUUAUCAUAUUUAACCACUCUGUCACACACAGUGGGUGCCCCAAAAAGGCGUCGUUUGUUCGUGCACGAUCUAUUCUAACUGGGUACCUAAUUCAGCCGCUAGGAAGUGAUGGAUGCGUCUUGACGUAUAUCACCCAAAGCGAUCCCCGUGGCUCUAUACCACACAGCAUCAUCAACCUCACCACGACUCGCCUUGUCCCGAAGGUAUUGACCAAGCUGGAGAGCAGCACCAGAGACUACCCGGACUAUGUUAGGAGGAACCACACUGUCGCACGUGACAAACUGUCGUGGCGUACGUCAAAGGUGGAUUGGAAUAGCACAUAUAAUUUUCCUGGUGAGGAGGUUGCUUCAAAAAGCUCCACGCCGCUUCAGGUGAGUAGCUUAAAUGAGGCGGGAGCGUAUAGUGUCGCAGAGGCCACGACAGAUUUACCUAAGGUAACAACGCCGCAGGUUUCUUUUGUCGCACCUGAGGUUCAGACGACCGGUUCCCUUUCACUGGCACCGGUGGCACCCAACUUCAGCGAUGAUACAAUAGUUAUACAACAAUACAGGGCACUCAUGCAGGAAGCCAUAAAUACGGUGGACAGAACAUAUUUACAGGAUGCAAAAACGCCUGAGCUUUCUCAAUAUUUGAUACGGCUAGCUUACAUAGUUGACGGGAUUAGACAAACCACCCCACAUUGA